AUGGACAAGAAACGAACUUCAAAUUCAGUGGAAGAAGAGGCAGGUGUCCUGAAAUCAGGCUACGUUACAGCUUCAUUUUCGCCAUCCAAAACAAAAAAAAUGUAUUAUGCAGUGUUGGGUCAUCGAGCGCUUGAGUUACACGAAAGUGAAAAGAAAUCUCAAAGGAAGAAUAGACAUCCGCGACAUCUGAUUGAUCUCUCCACGUGUUUCAACAUUAAUCGGCAUUUUGAUGGCCGAUUGAAAUACUGCGUAGCGAUUAUGACACCUGAUGAAACACUCGUUUUGCGAGCGGAAACAGAUGUAUUAAGUGAUGAGUGGUACGACAUGUUAAUGUCUGCAGUGAUACCGGCACGAGCUCUACAUCUUGGACGACCCGUUCUUGCUAAUGAGUUUUUUGAAUGUGCUUGGGAUGUAACGAUGGUUGAACACCCAAAGUUCCGGAAAUCAGUUAAAUCUUCGGAGAAAUUGGUUAAUUUGUGUACAAAAGAUCCAUCAUUACUCGGACCACAUCGAUUAUGUUUUUAUCACCAUACGAUCAUUUUGUGUAGGCGAGGUAUUGAGCCAGCACCUUCGGAUGCUCUGUCUCAGUCAGGUAUUCCGCCGUUCAGAGUAACUGACUUCGUUGAAUUUCCUCGACAGUACAUGGCAAGUUUUGGCUCCCAGGAAAGGUAUUUUUUCAUGGUGAUGGGUCGCUCAUCACCGUCCGGUUCCGGCGAACUAUGGGCAUUGUGUGACUGUGAAGAAGUAGCUGCUGAUGUGCACAACAAAUUGAAUAAAAUUAUCGAAGAAGAGUGUGAGAAAAAGAAGAAAAUGCCGAAUGGACCAUUGCUACAUUUAACUUCUACGUAUCAUCGUGACCGACUUCAUACACAUAGUGGAAUUCGAAGGACAGGAACCACAGCUUCAAGAAAAUUGACUCCUGAUGAAUUAUCACUGAAAGAACGACGGGCCCAAUUACGUGGUUACAAGUGGGCUGCGGAUUUAAUUCAAGAAAGAACACAGGAAGAUACGCUGUCAUCCAACGUUCCAUCCUUUCUGUGGUUUGAUUCAACCACUGCCAGAGGCAAAUGUUUGAGGAAUUCAGGAUCUAGGCAAAAUUCUUUAAUUAAGAAAGUUGAUCGAAUGCGAAGUUUUGAAACGAAAAUAUCACUUCCCUCGUUAUCAAUAGUUGACCGCAUAGGAAGCGGAAAGAAUAAUAAGGGAUUCCCAGGAGAGCUGUCAUUCGAAAGUUCGGAGUGGAAGAAUCUUUCUCGAGGUCAUUCUUCAUUUGCAUCAUCAUCAGCUACAGAAGAAACUGAAGACAGGCAUGUUUUCUCGUUAUACCUGAGCGGUGGCACAUUACGAAUCGAUUUGGAAGAAGUAACCAAUCCUGUUGAAACAAGUGUAGAGCGACAGAUUAAAGCAACCAUCGAGCGUACGCAUCCGUUCAUAUUAAAACAAUCCAUGCCUCAUUUGGAAUCUCGCAAAGUUAUCUCGAUAACCAGUGGGCAUCCCGAAUGUGAUAAUCGAGCCAAUGAGAUAUCAUGCUCAGUUGCCGGAAGCACUAGUGCCAAUAAUGAUUUCUUGCAAACAACACCCGGCGAAACAUCGGAGGAUGCAUUUGGAGAUAAUUUGGAGUAUGCUCCAAUGGAAAUGAACUCAUGGUCAUCGGGAAGUGCAUCGCAUCUUGGUCUAUUAGGAGGAGAGCCACAAUUCAAUUUCGAGGAAGUACGAUCGUAUGUGUCGGACAGCAGCGAUAGUUGCUAUUCUUCAAUCGCAGCAAACGGUGCACCGCGAGCAUAUUCUUUUGGUGCGUCUCACAUUAUACAUCAGCAACCACGACGUUCAGGACGAAAACUAAUGCAUCCCGAACAUCCCGAAAAUGGUUCACCAGCACCCGAUUCCCUGCGUAAUAGUAGUACCUUACCGCAAAGCGAAGACAUACAUCAUUCAAAUAAGCCGUCACCAUCAACAUGUGCUUCUCAAGAGGAUGCUCGAAAGAGAGCUUUUUCUUUAGGAAGCAGCAAAUCAUGGUUUCAGAAGCCGUUUCGAAAGCUAUCUCGUGAUUUUAUGACACGUGCACAUCGUUUAUCGAAUACAUCCCAAGCAUCAUCAACGAGUUCAACUGGUCUAUCACUCAUUCAUUCGCCGAACUCUCCCUUUUUACCCUCAACACCUCAAGCAUUCAUCGCUGUUGAUCCAUGUCCAGUAUCUCGUGUUCGAUCAGGAAGCAUAGGAUCAGGACUUUCAACCCCAUGUUCCAAACGUCAUGUGAGUAAUGAUACUACAGGCGAUCAUGUCCCAGUGGAUUUUGGUGGUGGUGGCUUAUCACUCGGCAAAUCUGCAAGCGGCUCAUUACAUAGUGUCGAUAGUCCCUCAAGAUCACGAACUUCAUCAUUUGGUUGUGGACAACGGUGUUAUGGAUUGCGUGAUACAAGCGAUAUUAUUGUGCACACUACAGAUGCAGAAACAGAAUAUACUUCAGCGAUUCCGUCACGAUGUACAUAUGAACGAUGUAGGGAACAACUCAACAGCUCAUUAUGCGAAUUUGAUGAAGCAGACGAUUAUGUUAUAAGAGAUCCGGCAAAUGCAUCGGAUUUCCAUAUCAGUUCACCACGCAUUAGUCAUGAUGGACAACUAUGUGGGAAUAAUUAUUCGGAUUCUCGUAGUUCACAGAUUUUCGAAACGAUACAAGAAAGUUUGUCAGGAAGAUCCUCUCCUGCAAAAGAUAGUGAAUCAAUUGGGAGUCACGAAGAGCAAGAAGUUUGCGAUAAAACGGAUAGGAAGUCCCAAAACAAUAGAUUCAUCGGAAAGAAAGUUUGUAAGGAAGAUGGUGGUGGUGCUGACAAUGAACGAGAACAAAAAAAGAUAUUGAGUUCUGAUCCUGAUUUAGAAUUUGUUCCUGUGGAUGUAAGCUUCCAUUUUAUGUCGAUUAAGUAG